GCUGAUUGGGACACGCAUAGAACGUGUGAAUGGUAAUACGCGGCUUCACUCUGUAUGUGGAAGAGAGGCUUGUAACGCUAAUAGCGGAAGUAAGCUGUUCGGUAAAGAAUAAUGAGCGUCUUUCUGUGGGUUCCUCAGAGCUGAGAGUCGGGACCAAAUGGGAAUCUCCCAGGAACCCACUGAGCCAGUGAUGGGGAACCAGGAUCCAGAUCAGCUGCAUGAGACAAUCCUGACUCUCACACUGGAGAUUAUCUACCUGCUGACUGGAGAGGGCUAUACUGUUACAAAGAAGUCGGGUGAUGACAUGCCCCUCCCACAGAGCUGCACUGACUGUAUGUUGGGAGGAGCCUGCAGGCACCAUGUGACCAGCCCAACGGUGGCCCCUCCCCCUGGCUCCGUCAUACAGAAGGAAAAUGCCAAGAAGAUCCUGGAACUGAUGUCCAACAUCAUCCAGCUGCUGACUGGAGAGGUUGCCAUAAGGUGUGAGGACGUCUCCCUCUAUUUCUCCUUGGAGGAGUGGCAGUAUUUAAAGGGGAACAAGAGCCGUUACAGGGAAGUGAUAGAAGAGAAUUGGAAGCAGCUCCGCUCACUGGGUGGUGAAUAUGGAGGUGGGAGAGACAGUGAAUGGGAUCUGGGGGCAGAUGUGUGCGAUGCAAAUAAACCAGACAAGACUGAGGCAGAAGAAGCUGAUUCCUGGGGAGAAGGAAACCCCCCAAACACUGACAUUUCCGCAAAUGAUCCCCAAACACCGACCAAUUGUAUCUCUCAUGGGAUUAAGGCGGAACCAACUUCAUGGGAGGAAGGAGAAGACUCAGACAGCAGCAGGAGUCCCCCUAAAAAACAAAUCCAGGGAGCAGUCCCACCUACGGAAAUCAUGGGGUCCACAGUGGAAGCAACUGUCAGACUAGGAAAUGGUUAUGGGGAACCGUUGCUAUGGGGAUUAGAAGAGCAUUCCGUUUCAAACAUUAAACCACUUAAAAAACGAAUAAAGAGAACAAUCCUUCCUAUCAUGCCUUCCAGUUCAAAUCAAAGCUCACCAGGAAAGUAUGUGUCGGCUGCAAUUAAAGACAAACCAGUUUCCAGGGAAGAUGAUGAUGAUGAUGAUGAUGAAGGUUCUGAUUGCAGCAUAGUUUUCCCUAUAGAACAGAGACAAGUGGAAAAACCAUCCGCUGAUAUGGGAUGUGGUUUAAAUGACAGUUUAUCAGGGAAUUCCAUAUCCGAUGCCAUUAAUGAGGAGCCAAGUUCAUGGGAUGAAGAUUCCAGUGUAGAGCAGGAACAAGGAAAGCUUCAACCUACUGAUAUAAUGGGAUUCAGCCUAAAGCUCCGAGCACCGGCAUAUCAUAGUAUAACAAUGGAGGCAGCCACUCGGGGGAAAGGAACCCCCCCAAAUACUGAUAUUUCUGUAGCUAAUCAGCAUUCACCCAACUGCUUAUCAAAUGGCAAUAAUGAAGAAGCAGCUGCUUGGGAAAUAGGAGAACCCUCGGAUUUUAUUGCAAAUACACAUCGGGAAGAGCCACCUGCUGAUACCAUGGGAACCAGCCUGACUGACCGUUUGCCGGGGGGAAAUUGCACCGAAUAUAAUAAAGUGAUUGAAAGCGCGUCCCCGAUGCAGGCGGAGGUGCAAAGCUUCACUUGUUACGAAUGUGGGAAAUGCUUUGUGAGUCAGAGGGAUCUAUUCAAGCACCUGAGGAUCCACACGGGAAAGAAGACGUUUUUAUGCUGCGAAUGCGGAAUGUGCUUUGUGCAUCAGAUCGAUCUUCACCGACACAUGAAGAGCCACACGGGGGACAGGCCAUUUUCCUGUUCUGUAUGUGGGAAGCGAUUCCGUUCCCAGAGCGACUGCAAUAGGCACCUCAUAAUCCACACGGGGGAGAAACCAUUCGCUUGUUCCGAAUGUGGCCGAUGCUUUGGGUUUCUGAGCAGCCUUCGUAGGCAUUUCAGCCUUCACAUGAGGAAGGAGCAGUUCUCCUGUGGUCACUGCGGAGAGUGCUUUGUGCUUCAGAGUCAUCUUAACAACCAUUUAAGGAUUCACUCCAUAAAGAAAUCCUGUCCUGAAUGCGGCAAAUGCUUCGCUCGUGAGAUCGAUCUUAACAGACACAGUACGACCCACACGGGACAGAAGAUGUUCUCUUGUUCUGAGUGUGGGAAAGACUUUGGCUUUGAGAGCGACCUUCACAGACACCUUAGAACUCACAAAGAAAAGAAAGCCUUCUCUUGCCCUGAAUGUGGGAGGGGCUUUGAGUGCGAGAGCGACCUUAGCAGACAUUUAAGAAUUCACGAGGAGAAGAAGCCGCUUUCUUGUUCUCACUGCGGCAAGUAUUUUCUGUGCCAGUCGGAACUGAAGAGGCAUUUUAGAAUUCACACCGGAGAGAAACCAUUUUCUUGUUCAAAAUGUGGGAGGUGCUUUGGGUUCCUGAGUAGCCUUCGCCGACACUGUAGAACUCACUUUAAAAAAGCCGUGAACUGAAAUUGUCGUUUGAGUAAGAGACUUGAUACCCUGAGACUUUGUUAGACUGUAAUUGUUGAGUGCAGCAGUGGGACAAAUGUCAAGCCAAGUGAUCAGUAAUCAGCUUAGACCUCAGACAAGGACCUAACCCCGUCUUUGUACAUAAGGCUCUCGUAUGAUCAUGUGACUCAAGCCUUCUUAGAAUUUUGAAGCCAUUUUCUUUCUCUCUGGGAAAUGUUCUUGAUGGUUGUCACAUUGUGUAGUAUCCUCACUGAGCACCCAUCCACCCGGGGCUCUUUUUAAGUCCUUUUUUCUCCGUGCAUAGAAUUAUUACCCCUUUUCCAAUGAUCAUUGUUACAUUCAGUUGUAUGACUAACGCUAGGCAAUUAACAUUAUCAGAAAUAACCCCUUUAUUGGAGCUGCCCAUAGAUCUGCUACGGCCCCUGUCUGUUUCAAAUGAAGGGUGGGCGGAUCCUGCCAGAAGCACAUUAGGAAGGGGACAGCCAAUUACAGCCCUGCAGUCACACAAGCAAAGACAGGUUUCAGUUCCCUAACAGGUCAGCCUAGCUGCUGAUUGGUUGCUAUUCUGCAGUGCAGUGUGGAAAAAGAGACAGCAGGAACAGGUGGGCAUGGGUGGGCUUUUUCUGAAGACCUUUUUAAUUAACCCAAAACACUACUUUUUCCAGCCCUUUCCUUCUAUACUGAAAAGAAUAUAAUGUACUGGCACAAUCUUGGUUUUUCACACAAUAGGUCUCCUUUAAACUUGAAAUUCUGCUCUUUCUUCUGUAUAUGAUACUGUUUCCAGCAUAGUAGGAAAUUAGAUCAACACCUCUAGCCAGACACACAGAAUAUCAGACAUUAAAGAAAUCUUCUUUCUCCAAGUGUUGAAGGUUCUUUGCAGGAAGAGCAGUAAUGGCCGACACUUCUCUCGAAGGUUACAGUGACUUUUUUUAGCUGUUAUGGAUGUUUGCAGGAUUUACACAGGAGCGGUGCCAUAGGGAACAUCAGCAAUUAAAGCCAUAUAUAUGCAAACCUACAUCAACCAGGUUUGUUAUUUUAAGCCAA